AUGACUCGCAGCCUGACGAUCAGCUUCUGGCGGCAGGCGCAAGCAGCUGUGCCCGUCCUGGCGUUACGAUCCGCGGAGCAGCUUGAGGGGCUGGAAGGCAUAAUCGUAGUCUUCGACUUACGACAGGAAUCUAGUCUUGACGAGGUGGCUCAGUGGGCAGCUCUCGUGGAAGAUAGGGAGGAAUGCGCCUUUCGAGUUUGCGUGGGAAGCAAGCUCGAUUUGUUGCCGGAAGACCCAGGAGACGGUACCGGCUUUGGGACAGGGGCGGAAACCGCUCCGGAGCCUGCGGAGAGCGGCUUGGAAGGUGGCGAUGCUGCUGCUGCUGAGGGCUUGCAGGAAAGACGUAGUCGUUGCCUGGGGUGGUGUUUAGACCACGGCUUCGAGUACGUGGAGGCUGACUGCAGGGACUCAUACACAGGCGGAGAGCUAAGAGAGAAGGAAGGCGUCCCUCGCAUCGUGGAGGCUCUUCAGUCCAACGUUUGGACGGGCAUGGAGUUCCUGUCGAGCAAUCGCCCCUCUCUGAUGGCAGCGGUAGCAACGGCAGCAGCAGGAGGCUCUAGAAAUGACGGCGCCGCCGGCGACGGCGGCAACGUCGGCGGAACCGGCUCUGUUUCGGGGUCAAGCGGCGGAGAGGAUGGAACCGCCGCAGCCUUGUCGUUUGCGGCUGGUGCGGAUGGAGGGCAUGAGGCGAGCGAGUACCUGGACGGCUUCGUAGACGUCGAUGACGAGGGCGGGGAGUACGCUGGGUACGGUGCCCUGGACAGUGGCGACGAAGAAGAGGGCGGUGAUGGCGAUGACCAGGCAGAAGGAGAGGGGUCAAGAGGAGGAGGAGGAGGAGGAGGAGGAGGAGGCGUCGAGGAGGGAGGUGCGGGGGCUCCGCGAGAGGGAAGGGGCGGGGUCGUUGUUGACCCCUCCCACAUCGAGCUGCAGGCGCGGUGGGAACAACAAGACCACUCCAGCUCGUCGUCACCGGGUGCCGGUGACGCCACCAACGCCGCCGCCGCCGACACCGCUCUCCCGUCAGAAGAACAGGCGGCACGUAGUUGCAACGACCAGCAGGGUGCGGCGGCACCCGGGCGAGACACGGCCCCUUCGCACGACGGAGGGAAAAAUAACGCCGAAAUUUUGCCGUCGAAACCCGGGGACAGCGUGGCGAGCACGCCUGCUGACGGUACCACCGCCCCCGGGGGGUCCUGCGCGGGGCAGAGCGACGGCGGUAAUGGCGAGGGCGGGAGCUGUAGAGGGGCUGGCGCCGCGGCGGCAGGGGAGGGGACAGGGGACGGGGAGGCAGCCUCGAAGGAGUCGGAGGAGUACCUGCUUGAGGCUGCGGGGUCGAUGGUGGGGGGGAUUGGGGGCGAUUUGGAAGGGGACGAGAUGGAGCGGCUUAUGGGCGAGGUUCGAAAAGCCAGGGAGCUGGGGGGUAGUGUGUCGGACGAGGAGCGGCGGUCGCGGGCGGCGAACGUGGCGAUGAGGCUGGCGGCUUUGCUCGGCGACUUCGGGGAUGACUCCGGGGAGGAUGAUAGCGACAAGGAGAGAUAGUUCGAAGCGCUUUUGAUGGUGGG